AUGGCCACAUCUGAGUUACCAGGCAAAUCCAGCUUCAAAAGGAAGAAGCUAAUAAUCGUGGUGGUGCUGUCAGUUUCAUCAGUUGCACUACUUUUGUCUGCAGUAGCAUAUGCAUGUAGAAAUAAUAACAAAGGACGAGGUUACUGGACAAAUCCCCUAGACAGGGAUGAUCAGGUGGAAAACCUUGAUGAGCUACCUUUUUUUAGCCUUAAUAAAAUAAUUAAGGCUACCGCUAACUUCCACAUUGAUAAUAAGAUAGGAGAAGGUGGUUUUGGUCCUGUUUACAAGGGCGUGUUAAAAAACGGAGAAGUAAUAGCUGUAAAGCGACUUUCAGAAACUUCUCAACAGGGACCUGAUGAAUUCAAGAAUGAAGUCAUGUGUAUUGCCAAACUUCAACAUCGAAAUCUUGUGAAGCUCCUUGGAUAUUGCAUUGAUGGAAAUGAAAAGAUUUUGAUUUAUGAAUACAUGGAUAACAAAAGCUUGGACUCGUUUCUUUUUGAUGAAACCACAAGUUCAGUGCUUGACUGGGGACAAAGGUUUCAUAUUAUCCAUGGUAUCGCUCGAGGUAUUCUUUAUCUACAUCAAGAUUCACGCCUCCAAAUUAUCCAUAGAGAUCUCAAGGCAGCUAAUAUCCUGUUGGACAGCGAAAUGAACCCAAAAAUAUCUGACUUUGGUCUUGCUCGAAAGUUUGUUGGAUUGGAUGCCAUGGCUAAGACAAGGAACGUUGUGGGAACAUAUGGAUACAUUUCUCCCGAGUAUGCUGUACAUGGGCAUAUUUCAGUGAAGUCGGAUGUAUUUAGCUUUGGUGUUAUUGUGUUGGAGAUUGUGAGUGGGAGGAAAAACAGAGGAUUCUCUCAAGAAGGUCAUAGCGACAACCUUCUUGGACAUGCAUGGAGACUCUACAAAGAAGACAAGUCGAUUGAACUUAUAAAUGCAUCUUUACUCAGCUCGUGUGUGGUCUCCCAAGUGCUACGAUCAAUACACGUUGGAUUAUUGUGUGUGCAACAACAUGCAGAAGAUAGACCAACUAUGUCAUCAGUGGUUUCAAUGUUUGUUAGUGAAGUUAUGUUGCCUCCACCUAAACAACCAGCUUUUUUCACGGAAGAAAGUUGUCGUGAAUUAGAAUUUGGUUCAUCAUCCAAUGAAUACAUGAUAACACUAUUGUAUGCUAGAUAG